CCCUGAGGGCGCCAUCAGUUCCGGAAUUUGGAGCCCAGUUCUCCUCCAGCGCCACCCCGCGCACUGCGCCUUGGCUCACCUUUUCAUCCCACCCACCCCUUCUCCGUCCAGUGGCGACCUGCACGCCUGCAACCUUCGUGACUGAUUUCACAGACUGCGCUCUGUUCUUGCUCCUCCUCUUCCAGCCCCGGCGCCGCGCUCGGCAGCCACAGCGCGUGCCACACACCGCCCGGAGCGCCGCGGUCCCCGCUGUCUCGCAGAGGGCUGGGCGGCCAGGACGCCGAGGGGAGGGCGCCCCGGGGCUCGUCGUACGCCAGAGACGGUGUUGAGAGAAGCGACUCUCCGAUAAGGCUCAGAAAGGAGCGGUUUCGAGAGAGACUUCUGGUGCCGGCGGGACGCCCCAGUUCGCCCCAGCGCGACGCGGCUGCACUCGCAGUCCACAAGGAACUCUCCAUUCAGAAGAAAUGCUGUGGCCUUUCCCUUCACCAACAGAAAAUGAGACACAAGAGACUAUGCAGAUGAAGAAAUUAUAGGCUUCUUACGAGUGAGAGACAGUCAAGUACACACAGCUUCCCACAGAAGGAAAAUAACCAACAGCUUCUCCACAGUGUAGAUUGGAACGAGUGAAAAAACAUGAACCUCACUAACUACACCACAGAAGCCAGUAUGGCUGUAAAACCCAAGACUGUCACUGAGAAGAUGCUUAUUUGCAUGGCACUGGUGAUAAUCACCACACUAACCAUGUUACUGAACUCUGCUGUCAUCAUGGCCAUCUGCACCACCAAGAAGCUCCACCAGCCUGCAAACUACCUGAUCUGCUCUCUGGCCGUGACGGACCUCCUGGUGGCAGUGCUUGUCAUGCCCCUAAGCAUCAUGUACAUUGUCAUGGACAGCUGGAUACUUGGGUACUUCAUCUGUGAGGUGUGGCUGAGUGUGGAUAUGACCUGCUGCACCUGCUCCAUCCUUCAUCUCUGUGUGAUCGCACUGGACAGGUACUGGGCCAUCACCAAUGCUAUUGAAUAUGCCAGGAAAAGGACAGCCAAGAGGGCUGGCCUGAUGAUCCUCACUGUCUGGACUAUCUCUGUCUUCAUCUCCAUGCCCCCUCUGUUCUGGAGGAGUCACCGCCAACUCAGCCCACCCCCCAGCCAGUGCACAAUCCAGCACGACCAUGUCAUCUACACCAUUUACUCAACACUUGGAGCAUUUUAUAUUCCUUUGACUUUGAUCCUGAUUCUCUAUUACCGGAUUUACCAUGCCGCCAAGAGUCUUUACCAGAAAAGGGGAUCCAGCCGGCAUUUAAGCAACAGAAGUACGGAUAGCCAGAAUUCUUUCGCAAGUUGUAAACUUACACAGACAUUCUGUGUGUCUGACUUCUCCACCUCAGAUCCCACAACUGAGUUUGAAAAGAUCCAUACUUCCAUCCGGAUUCCUCCCUUUGACAAUGACCUUGAUCACCCUGGAGAGCGCCAGCAAAUCUCCAGUACCAGAGAACGCAAGGCUGCUCGCAUUCUCGGACUGAUUCUGGGUGCAUUCAUUUUGUCUUGGCUUCCAUUUUUUAUCAAAGAGUUAAUUGUAGGUCUGAGCAUUUACACUGUGUCUUCUGAAGUGGGUGAUUUUUUGACAUGGCUUGGUUAUGUUAAUUCUCUGAUCAACCCACUGCUGUACACAAGUUUUAAUGAAGACUUUAAACUGGCUUUUAAAAAGCUCAUUAGAUGCCGAGAGCAUACUUAGAUUGUGAAAAGCCAAAAUGUAUGACUUUUACCAGACCUUCUGGAGUACAUGGGGGUGAGGGAUGCAACUUAUUAUAAAUUCUUGAACACCCUAGGUUCAUGAGAGUUUGUAAGUAUGUGAGAUUCAUUUAUUUCUUGGUUUUGUCCCAUUUUGUUUGAGGCUUGUUAUUUGGUGUAC